ACUCGCACAGCAAUCCAAAUGCAGCGCAACCUAACUACAAGUCAUAAAAAAAAAUAAACUUCAUCUCACUAGCUUUCUUGCUCUGCCUUCUCUCUUGAAUUCAUGUCUGAUACAGCAAACCAAAUUCCUAAUCCCCAAGAGGCCGAUCUCUUAAUUCGCUCCGUUAAACGCAUUAAAGGGGAUGGUAACCCCCCUAUUGCUGAAGAAUAUCAACUAUAUGAAGCCCCACCAAAGCAACUAUCAUAUAGAGACAUGGUCUCUUGUUUAGAACCUGCUGCAAUCCUCUGUGAUAGCUCAAAUAGAGAGGAAAUUCUAGACGAAGACUCAGAUUAUGAAGAUGAUGGGUCUAUCCCUACUAUACUCAUCUCGAAAGAAGAAAAGAGAAGGAUUCGAAUGCCAUGGCUCAACUCCAUAAUUAUAAAAGCCUUUGGCACAGAAAAAGCUGGCUAUAACUUCAUCCUUCCCAGGAUCAAAGCCCAGUGGAAACCGAGAGGCAAAAUGGAUUGCGUUGAUUUGGGUUUAGACUUCUUUCUUAUUCGUUUCCAUGAGAAGGAAGAUCUGAACCGUGUUCUUCAUGGGGGACCUUGGUUUGUCGGUCCCCAUUUUCUCACAAUUAGAAAGUGGGAGCCUUCAUUUGAUCCAGCAAAAGCCACCUUCACGACCACAGCUAUAUGGGUUAGACUCCCGCGCCUUCCUAUUGAAUACUACGAUGUACAAAUUCUUGAGCGUAUUGGCAAUAUGUUGGGUACUCCGCUUCGGCUAGAUGCUCAUACUGCCCACCAAUCAAGAGGUCAAUAUGCAAGAAUCUGUGUACAAGUCGAUCUUGAUGAACCUUUGGUACCUUUUGUACGUAUUGGCAAACAUAUCCAAAAGGUUCUUUAUGAGGGACCUGCUGCCUUAUGCUACUCCUGUGGGUGUGUGGGACAUAAAGAGGAUAAUUGCCCUCUCAAAGUCCCACAGCCUAUGGUUGUUUCUAAUGAACAUAAUAUUGAAGCUCAAACUUCACAAGCUUCAGUUGAUGGAAACUGUAAUGAGCCACCGGAGAACCAAGGGUUUGGACCAUGGAUGCUGGUGGAGAGGCGAAAGAACAAGAAAAAGGUAAACAAUAAUCACUUGAGUCACUCAGCGAGUCGACUCACUGGGACAAGAAAUGGGUCACGAGUUCCAAACUCAAAAGGGAACGUUAUUUCUGACAAUGCUAUUAAUGCAGCGACCGUUAACUCCAACGGGUCAAAUGCAGCCAUUCAACUUUCUAAUUCAAAUUCUAAAGCUCAUAAUUCGAGCUCUUCUCCUUUGGCCCAAGAUGGGGAUGUCAACAACACACCAGCCCAUCGAAAUACCGGCCAGACCAAUCAGGUAACUAUGGGUUCAAUUAUCACUUCACCUAGCUCUAAUGGACCCAAUAUUUCUUUGCAGGUUCACCCAAAGACUAUAGCUGAUAAAGCUACUGUUACAGAUAAGAUUUCAUUGUCACCAUUUGUGGCACGUGGAAAGGCUUCCUCCUUUAAAAAAUCUGGUUCCCAACCAAAAAUCUCACAAAAUGUCCGGAAUCAUUCUCUCACGAAAUCAACCCCCUCCACCGGAACUUUGGAUCAUGGAUCCAAUCACCUUCACCAAGCUAAGUCACUUGUGGGAUGUACUGCUAAUCAACAGGAACAAUCAAGCAAUCCCAAUAGAGAAGGCGUUGUCACUAGUCCUCAACAAGCAUCCGGAGUCGAUCGAGGGAUGGACAUUGGAAAUGAUCCAGAACUGCUGGUUGAAUCCCAUUCUUACAAUGAAAGGAGUAGAUCCCACUCCUUUUCUUCCCCCACCAAUGGAAGGGAUUCCUCUACCUCUGGAACACCUGUCUCCAGACUCAUGCAUCCUUCGGAAGGCUGUCUGGUCAUCACUGGCGGAGAUAGUGAGAUGGGACGAUUGGUCAGAGCCGAUAGCUCCCAAGCGAUUCACGUUGCUGGUAGAACAACCUUACCUUUGUCUAUUCAGGAUGAUAGGAUGCAUGAAGACAGUGCAUCUGGUGGUCACGAAGGAGGAAGCGCAGAACUCUAUGCUCCAGUACCAGCAGAUUGUGCUGCCUUACUACUUCCCAGGAGUCAACAUGAUGGUUCUGAGCAAGGAAGGUCAGCCGAAGUGGCUCCAGGAUGUUGCCAGCAUAAUCCAGGUAUCCUUGUUAUUAUGGAAACGAAGUUGGCAGGAGAAAGAGCAAAAAAAGCUGCUGAAGCUCUGAGAUUUCCUAAAAAGGUCAUAGUCGACUCAGAUGGCUUUGCUGGUGGUAUUUGGCUAUUGUGGGAUGACACGAAGUACACUAUAGACAUUCUUAAUGUAGGACCGCAAGCCAUCCACGCCAGUGUCCAGGUAAAAUCCCAUCCUUCUUUUUCUAAUUUUCAUUGGUUUUUAUCUAUUGUCUAUGGUCGUCCUCAGUUUGAGAUUAGGUCUCUCCUUUGGGAAAACUUAAAACAAUUUUCCCAAUCUAUCAAUGGUCCAUGGGUAGUUAUUGGGGACUUUAAUGAUGUUACUGCUCAAAAUGAAAAAUUUGGUGGCAAUCCUGUCCCCCAAUAUCGUAUUCGUGCCUACACUGAUUGCAUGAAUUCCUGUGACUUACUGGAUAUUGGUUUUAUUGGUCCGAAAUUUACUUGGGUCAAUAAAAGAGACAAUCAUCAGCUCAUUAGAGAGAGGCUUGAUAGAGCCUGGGCUAAUCCCGCUUGGAAGAUUCUCUUUCCCGAGGCUACUCUGAUUCAUCUUCCUCGUGUUUAUUCUGAUCAUUGCCCUAUAUUACUUUCUCUUGAGCAAACUUUUCCCUGCUCAAACAAGAAGCCUUUUAGACUUGAGAAAUUUUGGCUUGAACAUGAGUCUUUUAAGGAUCUUGUAGCCUCAAACUGGACUUCUCCUAAUCUAUCUAUCUCCGAUUGCUCCAUUACUUUUCAAAACAAUGUUAAGCUUUGGAGUAGAGUUACUUUUGAUAACCUUCAUAAAAAAAAGAAGAAUCUCAUUGCGCGUCUAGGAGGUAUUCAACAAGCCCUUCAAUCCAAGAACAGUUCCUUUCUCAUAGAUUUGGAAAAAACUCUUUCUAAAGAAUAUCAAGAUAUUCUCAAGUAUGAGGAAGACAUGUGGUUCAUGAAAUCUCGGAUCCAAUGGAUCCAGAAUGGUGACAGAAAUACAAAAUUUUUUCAUGUGUCUGCUUUGAAACGCAGAUCGUAUAAUCGUAUUUUGGGUCUCAAAGAUGAUACCGGUUCUUGGAUCACUGAUGCUACUGCCAUUGAAGGUAUUAUUACCUCCUAUUUUAAGAGUCUUUACAAGACUUCCCUACUUAAAUCCUCCCAUGACUCUUAUAGUAGUGUUCAAAGUGCCCCCUUUAUUGAUCCUUCUUAUUGGCAUGGAUUGAUUGACCUUCCUUCAGAGUUUGAGAUUAAACAUGCUCUUUUUUCUAUGAAGCCUUUUAAGGCACCUGGUCCUGAUGGACUACAUGCAGCUUUUUUUCAAAAAUAUUGGCUUAUUCUUAAGGAAAAAAUUUGUUUGGAGAUUAGGGAUAUCUUUAACUCUGGCUUUAUACCUGAGUCUUGGAGCGCUAGUUUGAUUACUCUCAUCCCUAAAAACAAUAAGCCUGACUCUGUUUCUCAUUUUAGACCUAUUGGCCUUUGCAAUACCUCUUAUAAGAUUGUCACAAAAAUUAUUGUCUUCCGCCUUAAGAAUCUUAUUGGAGAUUUGAUCUCUCCAAUGCAAUCCAGCUUUAUUCCUGGGCGUAAUGGCAUUGACAAUGUCACCCUUCUCCGGGAUUUUGCCUUUUCCUUUAAAAAAAGAAAAGGGAGACAGGGUGACAUGAUUAUUAAGUUGGACUUGGAGAAGGCUUAUGAUCGCCUUGAGUGGAGUUCCAUUAGGGAAACUCUUAUAUUCUUCAAUUUUCCUCCUUUGUUGAUCAAGCUUAUCAUGUCUUGUGUUUCUUCGGCUUCCUUCUCUUGCGUUAUUAAUGGAAGUGUUACAGAUUCCUUUAAACCUUCUCGAGGUUUAAGGCAAGGGGACCCUCUCUCACCUUAUCUGUUUAUACUUUGUUUGGAAUAUCUCUCUUUAAAGCUUCAGCACAGUACUGAUGUUGGCAUUUGGAGAGGCUCUAAAUUGGGCAAAUCUGGUCCCUAUUUCUCUCAUAUAUUUUUUGCAGAUGAUCUUAUUCUUAUUGGCAAAGCUACAAUGUCCAAUUCUUUAUUUCUCAAGGGAUUACUUGAUUUCUUUUGUACUCGCUCAGGUCAGAACAUCAAUCAAGAGAAAUCUAAAAUCCUUUUCUCUGCAAAUGUUAAUCCUGAUAUCAGGCUUGCUAUAUGUCAUACUCUUGGUUAUAUGGAAACUCCCUCCUUGGGAAAAUAUCUUGGCUUCCCUAUUACCUCUAAGAGGAUAAAAAAAUCUGACUGUAAUUUUAUUGUUGACAAGGUCAGAUCUAAACUUGCAGGGUGGAAAGCAAAUAUGCUCUCACUUGCUGGAAGAGUUACUUUGGCCACAUCUGUCCUGUCUUCAAUUCCUAAUUACUAUAUGCAGGGUAUGUUUUUUCCUGCAUCUAUUCAUAAGGAGCUUGAUACCAUCACUCGAAAUUUCAUUUGGGGUUCUACUUCAACCAAGAGGAAAGCCAAUCUUAUUUCUUGGGAUAGGAUUACUCAACCUAGGAAAGCUGGGGGUAUUGGCAUUAGAGCUAGCAGUGAAGUAAACCAAGCUGCCAUGGCCAAACUUCACUGGAGGAUGAUUACUGAAGUUCAAAAACCUUGGGCCAAAGCAUUCAUAUCCAAAUAUAAGAUUGACCCUCCCUACCAUAAUUUUUCUCGAUCAUCCUCCCCCAUCUGCAAAGACAUCUCUAAAGGGAAAGAUAUUGUUGAAAAAGGCAACAGCUGGGUGCCACGUGAUGGCUCCAAAAUUAAUUUCUGGCAGGAUAAAUGGAUUCUAAAGGAAUCUCUUUGUUCUGUUUUUUAUGGCCCUUUUAAACCACAUGAUUUAGACAUUACUGUGAAGGAUCUUCUUUUUCCUGAUGGUAAAUGGAAUUUUGAUGCUGUUGCUUAUCCUUUACCUCAGGACAUCAUCCAAAAAAUUGUGGCCAUUGCUUUUCAGAGGCAUAGUGCUGAGCAGGACUCCUUUAGGUGGAAUUCUUCGGCCAAUGGCAAAUUUUCCAUGAAAUCUGCAUACUUUAUGGCAAAAAAUAUUCAUUGGACGCAGAUGGAGGAUUGGUCUUGGAUCUGGAAUAUUUGUACCAUUCCCAAAAUUAAAUACUUUCUAUGGCUUGUUAUGCAUGGUAGAAUCCUCACCUUUGAUACUCUUGCUCAAUGGGGUGUGGUUUCUGAUAAUAGAUGCCCUAGAUGUAGAAAUGGUCCUGAAACUCUUACUCAUAUUUUUAGGGAAUGUCAGUAUGCUGCACUCUUUUGGAACUCUAUUAUUCCUCAAUCCAUUUCAACAUACAAUCAAAAUCUUGAUUUCAAAAGCUGGAUUAAGGUCAAUGUCGGUGUACAUAAUUCACCUCCAUCAUCUUCCACUUGGCCUACUGUUUUUUCAUAUGCUGUUUGGUCCAUCUGGUAUUCUAGGAAUCAGCUCGUGCAUGAUAACAAACAUAUCUCUAUUUUCGAUCUGAAAUGUUCUACGCUGGUUAGAGCACAGGAAUGCAUUAGACUUCAACCUGCUCUUACUACCUCUCCACCUAAAACCAUUGUUUCUGUGGGCUGGUCACCUCCCUCUCCAGGAGGCUUGCUACGUGACCACCUUGGCAGAUGGAUGGUUGGCUUCUCACGAAGCAUUGGAUGGACCACAAGUAUUGCUGCAGAAUUAUGGGCUAUUAGAGAUGGCUUGGAAAUUGCUGCUGGGAGAGGAAUCUCUAAAAUUAUUGUGGAAACUGACUCAAAAGUUGCUAUUUUACUUAUUGAGUCUACUGAUACUACUUUGCACUCACUUGGAACUCUUAUUUCUGAUUGCAGAUUGCUUCUACGCCUCUUUACGGAUGCUAGGAUCUCCCACAUAUAUAGGGAAGCUAAUGCGGCUGCUGAUUUUCUUGCUAAACUGGGAUCUACUAGUGCUAUUGAUUUUGUCGUGUAUGAGGAAAGUCCGCCUGGGCUUUCUUCCAUUUUGUAUCAUGACUUAAUUGGGACUUCCUUCCCAAGAACGAUUGUAGCCAGCUAAUUAUCAAUAUAUUUCCUAUUUCUAC